AUGGCAGAUGCACAUCGACCAUCCGAGUGCAUCGUACUACUUAGACACAGUGUGCUCGCUGAGAUCUCCGAAGAUCCGAGCCAUCGCAUCUCAGCCUUUCUCUCGGAAUCCACUUACAUCCCAUUCGCGAGCAUGAUGGUAGUUGUAGAUUUUGUGAAAGCCUCGGAAUGCGGGAUAUCUCGUGGAUUUCGAGAGAUCCACGAACCACGGACGACGAUCCCGAAGAUGCUCAAGGGAAUCUAUGUGGAAUGUCGUGCGAUGAUGCUUCGGACAUGGCAGGUGAUUCGAGGGUACCCGGAGACGGAGAAACAGUUGAAAGAGUUGGAGGAAUUGGAGCAUCGGGGAGGAGUGGAUUUUUGGAAGGGACCCUCGAGUGUGGGGGAGCCGUUUGACGUGAUGUUGUCACCCCAGGAAAGCACUCACGUUACCGCUUUCCUUCAACGACGAGCCAUUCCUUACGAGAUCACGAUGGAGGACGUGGGUGCUUUGAUCCGAACCAAAAGUCUUCAGCGUGUAGCCCCUUCAUCCUCUUCGACUACCUUCAGUUACAAUGCCUACUAUAAGACGUCGGUGCUCCACGCCAAACUUCGGGAUCUGGGAAAUAGGUAUCGCAACGUGAGCGAGAUCGUGAAUCUCGGCUACUCCAUCUACAGGAAGGAGAUCCUCGGUCUCGCCAUCGCUACCGACUCGCAAGCAUCCAAGAUGGCCAUCUUCAUCGAUGGAGGGAUCCACGGGCGGGAAUUCAUAGCACCGGCGACGACGAUAUUCUUGGCCGAGCAGCUGCUGAGUCGUCAGUCGGAUCCGACUGUGAAGGCCCUUCUCGACAACUUCAAUUGGUACUUCGUGCCUCUGGUGAACCCCGAUGGCUACGACCAUUGUCACGAUAAUUUCCGGCUCUGGAGGAAGAAUCUCAGCAAGAGAAGCGGGUUAUUAUCCAUUUUGUGCAAAGGCGUGGACUUGAAUCGCAACUUCAACUUUAGCUGGGGUGGAAGAGGGUCCUCGAAGACGCCCUGUGACGAGACCUAUGCAGGUCCGUCACCCUUCUCGGAACCGGAGAGCCGGGCCAUUGGGCACUUCCUCCUCUCCAAGAAGCCAAACGUCCUCGCUUACAUCACCGUCCACAGCUACGGCCAGUAUUUCAUCUUCCCUUGGGGACACAACGGCAGCAAACCCGCCAACCACGACGAUUUGCAGAGGCUCGGCGAGAUUUAUGUGUCUGCCGUGCAAAACCAGAGUGGCUACAUCUAUCGGACAGGAAAUGCCGCAACGACUCUAUAUCCAGCAUCCGGGACAUCGGAGGACUGGGCCAAAGCAGAAGCUGGCGCAAAAUACGCCUACACAUUGGAACUCCGAGACACAGGAAAAUAUGGGUUCCUACUGCCUGCAUCAGAAAUCAUGCCAGUAGGACAAGAAAACUGGGCCGGUCUGAUGGCAUUCGCCACAGAGUUAACUCGGAGGCACCCGUACGUACCCCAAGACAAGAAUGAAGACCCGUCGACCAACGAAAUCACCGAGAAACCUUCUGUGGGGACGCAAGGUUUUUUCGCGAAAAUGAUCGACCUGUUUCUUGGACUCCUGGGAAGCAUUGGCGGCAGCUAAAGGUUCCAGGCAAAAUGUGUUGGAACGGCAUUGGUAGAAUCUCUCGUUACCCCAAAUGUUCUAAUGGAAAACACAAGAAUUAUUAUAUCGUAUCCACUGACUGAAGGAAAAAAAAUCCAUGCCCCGCUCUCUCUUUAAAAAAAAAAUAAAUAAAUAAAUAACCGGUAAUGUAAGUUUGCCUCUUUUUUUUUAACCAAUGGCAGGAUCUACAGGGAAGAAAUAAAAAUGUUAGAGCUAAUAAAUGCAUUACUCAGCAUGAAUAUACUGAUAUUUCCUUUUAAGAAUUGGGCGUCUCACUUAUGUGGACUCGGUUGAGCCAGUAAUACCAGUGCACAGUUUCAGGUCGAAGAAUCAGAAUUCUGACCAUUCCUACUUACUCAAAUGCUCCUAGGUUUAUAUUUACGUAAAAAAAAAGGAAAACAAGACACAUUCCUGGGGCUGUAUUUUUAGGGUGUUAGGUAAGGGACUCAGUUAUAAUUUUUAAAUAACUCACAAGUAACAGACAGGAAAUAAAAAUCUUUAGAAUGAAAUGAUUGUUCAAUUCUGGUUUCUUCUGGGAAUAAACAG